CCCUGGCUGUUGUCAAGAGCCAAACACCCAAAUCUUCCUGACUUUUCAUUCACUUAUCGUCGACAAACUGCCGACGCCGAGAUCUCACAAACUCUAACCAAGGACCUGCAGAUACUGCGUGUUUUCGACUUGCUCCCCUCACCGCCGAGCAUUUUCUGGGCUGCUUAGUCGACUUUUUUUUUGUCGAGAAAGAGAGAGAGAGAGAGAGAGAGAGAGCGAGACGUUGUCUAUCGAGGUUUUUUGACGCGAUCAAGACCUCUGGCGCAAAAGGAAAACUAGAAUUUUGCAUGAUGGCUCCAUCCAAAGCCACCCAGGCUCCCUUUGUCAAGGAUGAGCGGGUCCUCUGCUUCCACAUGGAGAUGCUGUACGAGGCCAAAAUUCUUGACGUUCAGGCCGCCGACAAUAGUGACGGCUGGCAGUACAAAAUCCACUACAAGGGCUGGAAGUCCAGCUGGGAUGACUGGGUCCCGCAGGACCGCGUUCGCAAAUUCACAGACGAGAACAAGGAGCUGGCUUCGCAACUCAUGGCCCAGUACAAGAACCUCCAGUCCGGCAAAUCGAAGGGACCUAAGAAGGGAACGACUGCUGCUCGCACCGGUGGUUCCGACAUGAGUUCUGCUCGUGGCAGUGAGGAGCGUACCCAGCAGGGGGCGACGACGGCUAGCGGGCGAGGCAAUCAGAGACGUGCUCGUGAUUAUGAUCUUGAACAGGUGAGUUGGCAUUUGCAUUUGCUUACAUUGUUUGUCUUUCUUCGACAUAGUCGGGCCGGGUGCCUUCCUUUUCGCAUUUUACACACACAACCAUCUGCCUCUUGAAACACAAUAUCUUGAAUUCUGGAGGAGAGCUUUCAUGGGUGGUCGACUGCCCGGGACAUUACUUUUGAAGCAUAACUUGGAGGUAUUACUUGGAGUUGGGACGAAAGAGAUUUGGUGAAUCAACACUGGGCCGGGGGGAUCAGAGCAACAACAUUCGACUGUGGGUGAAUAAGGAGGGUCACUCUCUGGCAUUCUCCUCACAAUAGGACCCGCGUUCAGCACCGCACACAAUAGUAGCAUGGCGUUGCUCCCUCUGCGACUGUCCAGCCGUUUCAAGCCAGCCCUCGCCGACUACAUCUUCUUGAACAAUUCACACCCACAAAUCUCCAAUCUCGGCGUUGCGGACCUUUUCCCACCACAAUACCCUCAGUCGCAGGACCACGACAUCGACACAUCUCGGCGAAAGGAGCAAUUUUCAAACACACGUACAAAUAUCUACAAAUUGUCGUGAUCCGCCGCUGCAAUGCCUCCUCUUCGAAGAUCAACUCGCGUCGUCCCUCCUCGGCCUGCCCCAACCACUCGAGUCACUCGAGCCACCAAAGCAAAGAUGAUCCAGCCAAAGGAAGACGAGACAAUUGAGGAAAAGCUUGCGCGGUACGCUGCUGAAGCCGACUUGCACGACAACCUUACUGUGCUUCCAACCCCUGCGACUUCGGUCUAUGUUAAAAACGGCCGCAUCAAUUUUGAUGAUCGCUACGUGAUGAAGUCUCAGCGCUCCGACACGGGCAAGAUUGGCAUCAAUCACCCCAAGAUUCUCAAGGCCAGACAGCAGGGCGUACCCCCACAGGCGAUGGCGCAGAUUGAGCGCAACUGGGAGUAUAUCGACCCCAGCUUCAACCCCCCCCUCGCCGGACUCCCUGCCGAGGUUCGAUACCCGGACCGGGUGCCUCACUUCAAGUCUGGGCAGCCUGGUGCUGCCGACACCCUCUUGAAGUUCGAACAAGCGACCCGAGUUUUUCAUUGCAAGCUCCAGAGGAUGGUGUUCAACAUCCAGCAGUUCAUUCUGUCCUGCGGGGAAGUAGUCGACGAGGCUAGCGAGGACACCUCCCCGCUUGCCUUUGAGCGGGUUUUUGCUGUUCCUCGUGGCUGGUUUAUCUCUUCGGACAAGGUGUUGGCCCCCAGGGCUUAUCGGUUGAUUCCCGAUUCUGAGGACAACUUCCACAACCGCCCCUCGAUCAAUAUCCCUCUCCCCGACCACAUGAAGGCUCUCUUGGUUGAUGACUGGGAGAACGUCACCAAGAACCAGCAGCUGGUGCCCCUGCCCCACGCUCAUCCCGUCAGCGAGAUUCUGGACGACUAUCUCGCCUACGAGCGCCCUCACCGUGAGGAGGGUUCAUCUGCCUAUGACAUCUUGGACGAGACUGUUUCGGGUCUCCGCGAGUACUUUGAUCGCUGCUUGGGCCGCAUUCUGCUCUACAGAUUCGAGCGUGGCCAAUACCAUGAGAUGCACCAGUUGUGGAACUCAUCCGACCCCAACCACACUUGUGCCAGCGACACCUACGGUGCUGAGCACCUGGCUCGUCUCCUUGUCUCGCUUCCCGAGCUUAUCGCGCAGACCAACAUGGAUCAGCAGUCCGUCAACCGCCUCCGCGACGAGCUGGAGACGUUCACAAAGUGGUUCUCCCGCCAGCAUUCUCGCUACUUCGUCAACGAGUACGAGCAGCCCGGCAAUGACUACGUGGAUGCGGCGAAGAGCACUUAGGAUAAUGCUCCUCCUCUUGCAUCCCCUAGCGCGGCGUCGUCGACCCUGUCGGAGCUCAGCUCGCCCGACUCAUCGGAUUAGAUGAUUGCGAUGCAGAGGUGCAAGCGUCUGGCAUGACAGCGAUGGAUACGGCUGAAGAGGCAGUCGUCGGGUUAUCCACUUGAGUGAGGGUAUCAGCAACCGACAUCGGCUUUUUCUUUUGGUAUUUUACUUGCCACCCACGGGCAAAAGCCUUGUUCACUCUUCAUCACUUAUCAAAAGUCACCAUCUCGAUUUCGACAUCAGCCACAUCUACUGUAUCACCACACAGACUUGAGUUUUUCAUCCUCCACAAAUUCCUCUGGACAUAUCUGCUUCACUUCGUUGUAGCUUGGCCGCUCUUUUUCCUUGAUUAAUAUCCGAAAGAUCUGCCACUCUGGUUAGAUGCGACUAGGAUGGUCAGGGGAGAAGAGAGAGGUAGAGAGGGAAAGACUUCUUCGUCAAUCAAUUCAUCACACUGCACACCACAACGUCUUCCACACACUGCACAACCCAAAAGCCCGAGUUUUUAAUUUCACCAAGCGACAUUUUCUUCCUUUUUCUCUCUGGGCUUCAUUUUUCCGUUGUUCAAGGGGGGUUUAGGAUUGAUAUCAACUGGGUGGUUCUCUGGGAAGGGUUGUCUUUUUUUUUCUUUCUUUUUUCUUGUUUUCGACUAUUGUACACUUUUAGGAUCCAGGUAAUCAUCAGCUCAUCAUGACUGGGCAAGCAAGCCGUGAGGCAAAAACAAGGCCAGUUUUUCGUUUUCGACAGGUCAAUCAGAGGGAAAGGUCUCGGUUUUAUUCACUCAGAAAGAAGCAUUUGAUAGGAGCCAAGGAAGCUGUGGUUGGUGGACAAGGAGGGUACAAGGGUGAGCUUGGACUUACUUGGGAAAACUUGCUGUGGCUUUCGGGGUUCUUGGGAUUUUUGAAUUUUUUUUAGAUGGGCAGGGAAGAGGCGAAUUAUAAGAGACUGUUCUCAAUUA